AUGUCAGAUGGUAGUCAGCUUCAAUUUGUAAAUGUUAACUCAAGUGUUUAUGAUAAUUUUUUUGCACUGGUUAAAAGAGAUCUUGAUCUUGAUGUUAUUUAUCAUAAAUUAAGUAAAGAUUAUGGUAGCAAAGAAAAAAUCUUUUUAUCAUCUGUUAAUCCUAGCAAUCAUGCAACAAGAACUAAUAAUGGUGGUCUUUUAGAGAUUUUUGAUCUCGAUGAAAAAGGAAUAGCACCUAAUAAAUAUAUAAAUGCCUUAUUUGAAGAAAUGUCAAAUUUUUGGAUGGAUUUGAAACCAAAAGAUGAUGCUGCAAUAGUUAUUAAUAUAGCUUCUUGGUUGCGUCAAUUUACAUAUUUCCUUUUUAUUGGAAGUCGUGUGAAGAAAUUGGUAAACAACAAUGAUUAUUUUUAUGAAAGAAUAGAAGAUAUUGUCAGAAAAAGAAGAAAAGAAAUUGAAAAAACAUUUAAAUAUAAUGAUAAUUUUAAUGAUCCAUUAUUAUUAAGACCAAUGACUGAUAGUGGAGUUAUGUUUGAUGCUUUUGUGACUGGUACAGAUACGGUAAUUAAUGUUGGGUCAACAACAGUAGGGUCUAGUCAAAAAAGUCGUAUAGUGAUGCCAGCAAAGUGUAAUAGUAACAUUCCGCAAAGUUAUCAAGAUGAAAUAUACAAAAAAACACAACUUUUACAUUUCCCUAGUUUUCAAAACCUUCAAAUGUCAGAAACAACGUUGACAAAAGAAGAACUUCAUGAAGUACUUGAUUUAAAUAGAAAAUAUCAAGCUGAAAUUGACAAUGCCAUUUUAAAGAUUAAAGCUAAAAUCGAGAAAAACAAAGAAAUUCAACAACAAAUAAUACAUUUAAAAGAACAUAAUAACAAUUCAAAUGUUCAGAAAGAACAUAAGGAAUCAACUAUUUAUUCACCACCAUUUUUUGUUGAUUCAAAUGGAAAUACACCACCUAUGAAUGCCACUCAAGAUGGAAAAUUAAGAGAUUUCUCAUUUAUGCAAAGACAUUUUAAAUGGAACCAGGCUGAAAGAGAUUCAUUGGCCAAAGCAAUCGAAUCACAAAAUAUGAGACUAGAGGCUUUGAUUGCAAUGGGAGAGAGGAGGUCUUUUAGAGAUGUACUAAAUAUAAAUAAAAAUAAAUUAUUAUACAAUGUACAAAAUUUGGAUUGGCAGGAAAUCUCAAGACAACAUGUUGUCACUAAAAAUGCAGAAGAAUGUUUAACACAAUGGACAACACGAGAUCAUCCAUAUGUCAAUAGAAGUGAAUGGACAGCUCAAGAAAUAUCAAAUCUCUAUCAAAUUGCAAAACAAAAAAAUAAUAGAAAUUGGCAACUAAUUGCUGCUGAAUUGGGUACCAAUAGAACGGCAGCCGAAUGUUUUAAGCAAUAUAACAAACAAUUCUUAGAACCUCGAAAAUGGACACAAGAUGAAGAUGAGCUACUCGUUCGUGCUGUAGAUUUGUAUGGUGAAAAAAAUUGGCAACAAGGUAUCCAAUGUCUACAUCGUUGGACCAAAAGAUUAAAUCCUACAAUAAGACGUGGUAGAUGGACCGAACAAGAUGAUCAAGCACUAAAAAAUGCAGUUCAAAUGUACGGACCUGGUAAUUGGGUGAAAAUACAGCAAUUUGUACCAAGUAGAACCGACGUACAAUGUCGUGAACGUUGGGUGAAUGUUCUAAGCCCGGAUAUUAAAAAAGAUCCAUGGACUGCUGAAGAUGAAAAGUUAUUACAAAUAGUAAAAGAGAUUGGUUUGGGAAAAUGGGCAAGAGUAUGUAUGUGUAUGGAGGGUAGAACUGAUAACCAGAAAAAGGCUGAGGCAAAUGUAAAAAGAGAAGCUGAAAGAGCAAAUGACAGAUCUCAUCCUAUAUACCCAAUUAAUCUAGCUUCAGCUUCAACUUUAUCACAAAUUAUUAAUGAUGUUAAAUAUGCUGAUAAUAAUGAAAUUAUUGAAUUGGCUGAUAAUGAAAAAGAAAGUGCAGAAUAUCAAAUUUUACAAUCAAGAUUUCAAAUGGUAUUUGGUUUUUCAGCGCAUGCAGGUUUUUCUUCUGAUGAUUCAUAA